ACAAUUGUUUUUAGAUUUUUGAUAGCCCACGGUGGAUUUUUUGUGUAAAGUUUAAUUAUACAUAAAAUAAUAAUAAAACCUAUGCAUAUUUUAAAGCAUAUAUGGGUAUUUUACUUUACAUGCAUAAGUUAGAAUGUAAGCUGCUAGCCUUAUUUGAUUUUUUAAUUUUAUAAUUAGAUAGACUAAUCCUCAAAUUAAUUUUCAGAUCGCACCAUCGGCCAAAAAGCUGUGGGGGGUAGAAGAACCUAAAGACGAACCAAAAAGCAUCCUGAAUUUAAACGAACAUCAAAUGUGGAGGGAUUCGACUUGGAGUACUUCAGGGCAUGCCAGAAAUGAUCAUGCAGUUUCACAGCCAAUAACAAUGGUGGCAAGGAGAUCAGGUAGCUUCCCUGGAAGUGAAGCAGGAAAUAUUUUAUCGCCGAGGUCAUCAGAAACUGGGGGGCUAGGAGUCAAAAUGGUAGAAUAUGUUCUUGGAACUUCUCCAACGAGUAAAGAUCUUGAACCAAGGAUGAGAGCAUUGGUCUUGUCAAACGAAACAGGUGAAAAGAAAGACAAGGAUAAAGCUCCAGCUUCCCCAUAUGACACAACUAAUAAAAAAGAAAUGGAGAAUGGUGUAACACAGAAUGGCGUACAAAAUGGACUUGAUGAUGAUAAAGGAUUUAAUCGGACACCAGGGAGUCGACAACCAUCUCCCUCCGAUGAAGAUUUAAAUAAGAACAACUCAGUGGUUGUUCUGGAGGGAAGCCAUCUUAUGGGACAUUUUCCUCAAGGACAUCCUCUUCUUGAGUCACACUUUGAGGCACCAGUGAUGCUAGAUGGUGGAGGAGUAUUUGAAGGAGGAGCAGCCCCAUAUCACCAGGCCAGCCAGCAGCCCAUGGAAUCUCCUAAUGUGCUUCCACCUUCCUUUGAUGUACAGGUGAGAUUUUUUAUACAGCGUUUAUUAAUUUUAUACAGCGUACUUCUAAGAUUCUCUCUCUUUUCCAUCCUGAGUAUGGGUUCUCUAUCUUUCAUCAUCAAACCAGAUUAUGUCAUCUUUACUCUGCAUUGCACACUGGUGUCAUCUUUCUCUUGGGCAUCUUGCAGGGGGCGUCCUGUCAACAUGGCCAAUCAAUCUAUUCUGAGCUGGUCUGUUGUGUGCUACAAGGUCAGGGCACACAGUGCAAGUGUCCCAGCUUGA